GUAAUUUUAUCAUUGCUGUUACUAAAAAAGACUCUGUAUCAUGUCUAGCACAAAGUUACGAUCAUUCCAUGCUGUUGAGGCUGUGACAAGCUUGCACAUACUUUACGGAUAUUUUGAAGAAAUGAAGAUGGCGGGAACCAAACUUCAUGAAACUGACUUAGUUCAGUUUAUUUUAAGGGAACUAACACUGAAAGAGAUUGGUGUUUUGGACGCUAUGAGUAUGAGAUGGAAGUGGAUUGCAAGUCUUGGGACAAAGAAUGGAACCAUAGUUCAUGUCAGAGGAAUUCUCAUGGAUCUCUUGAUGACAUGUGUCUUUGUUGGGUACUUGGUUGCGUGCAUUACAGCAAUCCAAGCCAGCCAGCUAUCUCAGGAAUCUGACAGGGUGAUUAAUCUGCCAGGCCAACCUCCAAGCCCGUCUAAUAUCUCUCACUUCUCAGGGUAUAUCACUGUCAAUGAAGAGAAUGGAAGGGCUCUUUUCUACUGGUUUUUUGAAGCUCAAUCUCAACCAUCAAAGAAGCCCCUCCUCCUCUGGCUUAAUGGAGGACCUGGUUGUUCAUCAAUAGGGUACGGUGCAGCUGUGGAGCUAGGUCCUCUUAGAGUUGGAAAAAAUGGAGUUAGCCUUCACUUCAAUAAAUAUGCUUGGAAUAAAGAAGCCAAUCUUCUAUUUGUAGAAUCCCCGGUUGGAGUCGGGUUUUCUUACACCAAUACAUCUUCUGAUCUUAAUAAGUUGAAUGAUGGAUUUGUGGCUGAGGAUGCCUACAAUUUCCUGUUGAACUGGCUUCAGAGAUAUCCACAGUUCAAAACCCAAGACUUCUUCAUAUCAGGAGAGAGUUACGCAGGUAGUCACUACGUGCCACAACUAGCAGAACUUAUCUAUGAUCGAAGCAAGGACAGAACUAAAUAUCCAUUAAUUAAUCUCAAAGGUUUUAUAGUAGGAAAUCCAUCAGUUGAUGAUUACUAUGAUAACAAUGGUUUGCUAGAAUAUGCUUGGACCCAUUCUGUGAUACCAGACCAUCUCUACCUCAAAGCCAAAGAAGUGUGUGAUUUCAGAUUAGCUAACUGGUCUGACAAGUGCAACAAUGCCAUGGACAAAGUGUUUGAUGAAUAUAAUGAGAUUGACAUGUAUAACAUCUAUGCUCCUAAAUGUCUUAUUAACAGCUCAUCUUCAUUUGCUAAUAUCAGUGGCCAAAGUGUUGAAGCAUUAGGCAAGCUAAAUUAUUAUGGAUUAAGAAGGAUGAGAAUCCUGGGUGGUUAUGAUCCCUGUUACUCUGUACACACAGAACAGUAUUUCAACAGGGAAGAUGUUCGAACAUCUCUUCAUGCAACUGUCAAAGAAGUAAAAUGGAAGACUUGCAAUGAUUCCAUCGGGGGGAAAUAUAUUUUUAAUGUUUCUUCUAUCCUUCCUAUCUACAAUAAGCUCAUCAAAGGUGGCCUCAAGAUAUGGAUUUAUAGUGGGGAUGCAGAUGGCAGAGUACCCUUCAUUGGUUCACGAGACAGCAUUCAAACUCUUCAACUUCCUGUUGGAGGAAGGAUAGUAGAAUACAAAGGACUGACAUACGUAACUGUAAGAGGGGCUGGUCACUUGGUGCCACUAGACAAACCCAGUGAGGCCCUUGCCCUGAUCACCUCCUUCUUGACUGGGAAACCCCUGCCUACACACAGGUACUCAUAUCCCUAACCUUGCAGAAAUGGAACCAGUCUGCUGCCCAAACUUGAGUUAUUCAAGUUUUCAUGUCAUCUUCGUCCUCGUCCUCAAGUGGAUAUGAUAAGCCAUGCCCUCUUGGAGUAUUUAUACUCAAUAUUGGUUGGCACUUGGCAUUUCAAACAUCAAAAUCCUGAGAUCAAAGUUACAAUUUGGAUCAUUUAAUUUGGGUGAUUUGAAUUUAGCAUUUUCUUUACCAUGUUUUUGAAGGACCAUUUGACUUUGGCUGCGUGUGAAUGCAUAUGUUAAG